UAUCCAACGAAUACGAUCUUAAAAGUUGCCUCAAAGUUUUCUACUUGCAAUAAAAAAUCUAGCAUAUCAACUCGUAAUAAGCAGGAUUGAAACUGUAAUAUAAGGAGCGAUUUUCAACGGGUGUGUUACUAAAAUGGGACUUAUAGUGUGAUCAGUGACAGGUGUAUGAAAAUUGGGGCAAAAGGCCAGGUAACACGAUGAUGGGUCAAUUACAAUCUGAGAAGGAAGUCCUUGCAGAGGAAAUAACCGAGUCUAUCUGCAGUGCACUAAAUCUCGAUGAUAUUUUUGAAAUUAUUUUCGCAUUUGUAGAAUGUAAAUAUGAAGCUGAAUUGAAUGAUGUAAAUAAUCCUAAACUUAGAUUUCAUAUAAUUCAGCAAAGAUUCCCUUUGGCUUUUGAAGAGUCUGGUUUACUGGAUGAAAUUAUGAACACUUUUCCAGAACUUUGUAUGACUACACGAUUGGAUGAAUUGAAUAAGGAGAAAUUGAUUUUACAAAAUAACAUAUCCGAGCUAAGUGAGAAACUUGACUCUGUAGUUAACGAAAUGACAGAACUUCAAAUAAAUAUAUUUGGACGUGUUCUGUAUUUAUUCGAUAACCGUAUCAUUGAUUUAGCCAAAGAAGAAGAGGAAAUCAUUGUUAUUGAAAAUCCAAAUACUUGUGUUCUGCCAUCUAUUUCAAGUCUAUUUUGUGCAGCUGCUUGGAGAACAUUGCAACCAACUGAAUUACUUCUUGGAUUACAACUAACGCCAUCCCAACCAAUUUUAUAUCGUAAAACAGAGCAUACAUGGUUUCCUGGUCGUGUUGUAUACUGUCAUCUUCCGGAUAAAGAGAAUUCUGAACCUAAAUCAGAUAAGGAUAGAGCUAAAGAAAAUGAACUUACUCUGUACACAAUCUGUUUAGAUUCACUUUCAAAUUCAGGUUCAGAAGUCUAUGUAUCUGGACCUUCAUCUUUGGCGUUAGCGUUUUCAGCAGCUGAAUUAAGACAAAAGUAUCCAGUUGGUGCUCGUGUAGUCUCAAUUUAUCGAGAUGAUUCAGGUGGGAUCGGUUAUUAUUCUGGAUUGAUUGCUGAGCCUCCAAGUGAAAGGAAUGGUCAUAGAUAUUUAUUAUUCUUCGAUGAUGGUUAUACACAGUAUUCACCGCCGAAUGAAAUCUUUCGUAUAUGCCAUCAAUCUAAAGAGAAUUGGAAAGAAGCUACAGAAUCAUCUCAAGAAUUUAUUAAACGUUAUUUAGCUCAAUAUCCACAGCGUCCGAUGGUAAGACUUAAACAUGGUCAGACUAUUGAAACUGAACUCGAUGGUAUUUGGAUAAAAGCAACUGUGGAGGCAGUAGAUGCCAGUUUGGCUCUCAUAAAAUUUUCUAAAAAUCAUACAGAAUGGAUUUAUCGGGGUUCUACGCGGUUAGAACCACUUUAUAGUGACUUUCUUUCUAGUCAAAAUGAAGCACUACCAGCUCAUAAUCAAAGCGUUGAAGUUGAAUAUAACACUGCAGAUGUCUCAUUGGACGCAAGUGCUAAACGUCGUAAAGCUCGUAAAUCGGCUACUGGCAAUCAAAAUGCAAAUACAUCGAAUUGCGCUGUACGUAGUUUAAAUUCUACGUGUACAAAUAAUAAACCACCGGUGGAAAGUAUGAAUAGUCGCCAGCAUGUUGAUGUAGAUCCAUUGAUUAGUAUGUCUGAAUUAGAGUCAGCUGGUAGUAAAGUAUCGUAUCUGGAUAAUCUUUUUAAAGAAUUUAAUUAUGAGUCUUUUGUACCUCAUAAAUGUGGCAAUCAUUGUCUGAAAAGUUAUCGAAAAUCACCAACUUCUGAAUCGCCUAUUCUAUGCUCAGAGAAUCCAUUAGAUUAUAAAGGUCUUAAUCCACUGGAAAUUCCUUUCCACUGUGGAUGGUUAAGGUAUUUAGCAACAUAUGAACCAUCAAUGGACAACAAGUGUAGUAUUUUUUAUAGUGCACCAUGUGGUCGUCGUUUAAGAUCUAUGCAUGAAGUGGAACGAUUUCUGGAUUGGACUAAUAGUCAAUUAACAGCUGAUCUAUUCUCAUUCGAUAACACCGUGGUAAUCAAUCAAGAAUUUCGUGCAGAAAAGACACUUACGCAUAUUGCUGACUUAUCAUAUGGUAAAGAGAAUGUUCCAGUUCCUUGUGUAAAUAGUGUAGAUAAUGAAGUUCCUGGAUAUAUUGAUUAUACGCCUAACAGACAACCGAUUGGCAAUGUUCCUUUGCUUAAAGAUUCUAAAUUUCUUGUCUGUUGUGAUUGUACAGAUAACUGUCGCGAUCGAAAUAAGUGUGCAUGCCAACAAUUGACUAUUGAGGCCAGUUCAUUGACUAAUCCAAAUGGUACAGUUGACAGUCAAGCAGGCUAUCGUUAUCGUCGAUUGGGACAGUUUACAGUCGGUGGAGUAUAUGAAUGUAAUUCCGGUUGUCGUUGUGAUCGUCGAUGUAGUAAUCGAGUAGUUCAACAAGGAUUAUGGGUUAGGCUACAAGUAUUCAAAACUAGUCGCAAGGGUUGGGGUAUUCGUGCUUUGAAUGCUAUUCCAAAGGGCACAUUUAUAUGUACAUAUGCUGGUGCUAUAUAUGACGAAACAAUGGCUGUUCAAGAAGGGUGUGAUUAUGGUGAUGAAUAUCAAGCUGAAUUGGAUUACAUUGAAACAGUUGAAAAAGAUAAAGAAGGCUAUGAAUCGACAGUAGAAGAUUUAAAUGAUAUAUUAAAUGAAGCGACUACAGCUCCCGGGGAUACUGCUCAACAAUGUGUCGAUGGAAAUGCCGUUUCGCCUGGUUCAACUGAAAUUUCAGAGUUUACAGACGAAGCUUUUACAUCAUGUGGGAGUAGGACAACUAGUGAGAAUAAUAUUACUACCUUUGUUAUUAAUACUACUACUACUACUACGAAUAGUAAUACUGAUACUACUGUCGUUAGCACAACGACAACAACAUUGACAACAAUUGAUGAUGAUCCCACUAGUGAUUGUGAAUCAGACACCGGGAGUAAUUCCAGCAGUUGUAGUCGCAGUUGUAGUAGUAGUAGUAGUACAUCCUAUUCAACUGAAAUGACUACGAAUGAUGUCUGUAGUGUAGAUGAUGCAGAUGUUGACAUUGAUGAUGAUUAUGAUGACGUUGCCGAGGAGGAAGAGGAUAAAACAAGUCAGUGCAGUGAAAUAAGCUACAGUCGACAUGUAUUCAAUCCAGGUGAACCGUUGACAAUAACAUCGCAUAUUACCAGCAGUAUUAGUAGUAGUAGUAACAGUAGUGAUGUUGGUUCAAGUAAAUUAUCUACACAAAUUAAUGUUGAAAAUAAUAAUAAUAAUGUGGAUUCUAUUAACAAUGAAGUUAUACAAAAGAAUAAAGUGGAACAAGUUACAGAGAUUCCAAAACUUGUAUGCUUAGAUCUUACAGUUGAUACACCGAAAAAAAAUUCAACUGUUGAACAUGUUAGUCACAAUCAGGCUUCUUCGCCGCCAAAUAAUACAAUACAUGAUAAUAAUUGCAUGUACGACGAUUCACCAGAAAUUCCUAGAACACGAAACAAUUCAUCAUCACUACCAACACCUGAUAUAUCAGAUGAUUUAGAACAGGUAACUAGUAUAGCAAGUGAUUCUAAUUCACAGUUUUGUAAUAGUAAUAAUAAUAAUAGUCGUCAAAUUGAGCCAUUAUAUAUCGAUUUAUGUGAUGAUAUUUCUGAUUCAUCUGAUUCUCCUAAUCACACAAAAAAAACUGAAGAAGAAGAAGAAGAAGACCACAGAAAUGAUGAGGCUUCUAUAGGCACAACACCAACAACAACAACAUCCAGUGCUGCUGACAGUCAUUUUAAACACUCCAAGGUGAAUAUUAUCUUCAAUGGGAAUGAUAAUGAACACAUUGAAUUAAUUGAACCACAUUGUACAACAAAUGCUCUCCUUGAAUGUGAUAAUUCUUCUAAAAAGGCGAAUUUUGAAAAGCCUGAAAACAGUAGCAUAGCACAACCUCAUGUCUCAUUUAAUGAUAAUGAAUUAACCAAAUCAAACAAAUUAACAAAUAAUAAUGAUACUCACGUAAAGGUGGUGAAUAAAAGCUUGAAGAAAGCUAAAAGCAAAUUUAAAGGAACUAAACACUGUGAGUCAGUUAAACCAAAAGUUCAGGUGAAUUUAUGCCCAGAUGUUGAUAAAGAAGACAUUACAAUCCCUACGCAUUAUUAUGCUAAAUACAAUCGAAUAAAUAAAUAUUCAGCUAAAGUAAAGUUAAACAGCCAAUCAAAGAAAUUGUCACCUCAGAAUCGUGCAAUCCAGCUUUCUAAGCAAACAGCAUUUGCUAAGAAGAAUAAAUCGAAAACAAUUUGGUCAAGAAGAGCGGGUAGUUUACCACGUAGUUUUCGAUUACUUCGUAAUGCUACACAGUUGUUACAUGAGGCAGAUUUCAGUAAGAUACCAGUUGUACAAUUAUCUCCACUGCAAGAUGACUUUAAACAGGAAGACGAUAUUACAAAGACUGACAAGAAAACCAAGGAUCUUGAAUCUGUAGAGAGUCCAGUGCACAGUCCAAAACUUACUGAUGAAGAGAAGAAAGAGGAAAAGGAUGAAGAGUGUGUUAGUUCAACUCAAUCAGCUGACUCAAAUAAAUCGAUUACUACUACUACUACUACUGUACAGAUUACACCUCCAGAAAAUGAUUCUAAAUUAGAUUCAAUCGUUGAUUCACCAAGUAUGACUACAGCAGACAAAGAUUCACCAUCAUCGUCAUGUCAGUCUCAUGGUGGUGGUAGUCUUAAACUGAAACUUCGGCGUGUCAGAUCAACAAGUGCAUUUACAGCUGUGCCAUUGUCGGCUCCAAUAGAAAGCAAAGAAAGUUUAUCUUCUAAAGCAAAUUUAUCCGAAACAGAUGAAAGUACUUCACUGGUUAGAGGGUUACGCAGUCGGAGUAAACUUAUACGCUCAGUUAGUCUAGAACCUGAAAUUGAGCAUAAUAAAAAAGGUGAAAGUUCAAAAUCUCAACAAAGGGAAAGUGAAAAACAUAAUCGUCACCAUCACCACCAUCAUCAUCAUCAUCAUCGCCAUGACCAUCACAAACACCAUCAUGAUGGACAACAGAAACACCGACAACAGGAAUCCCAACAACAACAAGCUAAACGUGUAUAUCCUGUUGCUGAAAAAGACUGGUUACAUGCUAGAUCUUAUUUCAAUGAUAUUAAUCCAUAUAUUAUGGAUGCUAAAAAAAUGGGAAAUCUUGGACGUUAUUUAAAUCAUUCAUGCAAUCCAAAUGUAUUUGUUCAAAAUGUUUUUAUUGAUACUCAUGAUCCUCGAUUUCCUGAAGUUGCAUUCUUUGCUAAACGGAAUAUAGAAGUUGGCGAAGAAAUGACUUGGGAUUAUGGCUACACAGUUGAUGCAGUACCGUUUAAAGUGUUAUAUUGUUAUUGUGGUGAAGCGAAUUGUCGAAUACGACUAUUGUAAUUAUACUUAUAUUAUUAUGAUUAUUGUAAUGAUUUUUUUGUUUUGAUAUGCAUUUAUUUGUGAAUACUCAGGAUACUCUAUCUUUUCUCUAAUGUUACCUCUCUUUUUUUGUAUGUAUACACUUUCCUCUUUCUUUUCUUUUCUUGCUUUACUGACGAAUGAGAAUGACAAAAUUAUAUCAAUGACUUUUGACUCUUUCUCUUUUUUCUUUGAACUUCAUGGAAUGAAAGGCUAAGUUUCUCACUUCAAGUUGCAACCUGUUCCAGAUUUAAAUUUCACAUUGAAGAAACAAAGUGUUGCUGUAGUUCCAACGACCUCAAUCAGCAGGAAGUUUGUUAGUUUCACUAGCCAGUCGUCUUAAUUUCUUUACCUUCCAACGGGGAAAUAGGGCUUCAACCAUUUAGGUUUGAAGUUUCAGUAGCACUUG